CAUCCCUGGCGCGGCCAUUUCAGCCCCAUCUUGGCCGAGGGGAGGGAGCUGCAGCCGCCGCUUCAGCAGUUUGAAUUUCAGUUUCUCCAGGCUCUGCGAACCGGGCGCACCGAGGAGGAGCCGAAAAAGCUACCACCGCUACCUCACACAGCCGGAGCGCCUCCGCUCGCCGGCCAGUCAGUCGGCGCCGCCACCACCACCGCCGCCGCCCCUCACUCUUCUCAGGAGCCGCGAGGGGAGGCCGAGACCGCCGCCGCCCGCGGGGUGGCUCCCCCUGUAAGGGGAGGACCGAGCCGGCUUCCCCUCCCCCGGAGCGGGUUUCCGCCAGAGACAGUCGACAUGUCCCUGGGGCUGAGCUCCGGCUAAAGCCGGGGAGGGGGCCGCCCGCCCGCGCCGAAGCUCCGCCGCCCGCUCGCGGACCUUCAGCCAGCCCCAGCCCGCCGCUCCUGGCUGAAUCAGGAAUCCCCGGCUCCAGAUUCGCCACUCCUUCCUCUUCCCUCAGCGUCCGAGAGCCCAGAGCUGACGCCGGCACUGGCCUGAGGAGCCCGAGCGGGGCAGCACCGCCCCUCACGCCGCCGCCGCUGCCGCUGCCGCCUCCUCCCCUGCGCCCUCCCACUCCCACCCCCAGCCAAGGCCUGCUGACCGCGCCGAGCGCCGAGCUGGACUGACCACGGCGGCCCCGGAGACUGGAGGAGAAAGCAGGCGGCCCGCCCCUGGGAUCGCGCUCGCGCCGCCGCUGAGGGGAUUGAAUUGAGGCGCCGCGGCUGCGGGAGGCGAAAAGGAAGGAGGAGCCGCCGCGCGAGUGCGACGGGGGCAGAGCCGUAGAGAUCGACUCAGAAGGAAACGGGGAGGAGGAUGUCUCACAGAGCGACUAGCGUCCGGAUCAGCCAGUGACUCUAACAGCGGCGGGCCUCAGACCCCAGAGCGGACUCGGACUUUGUCUUUGGGGGCCCCUGCUCUGCCCUUCCUGGUUUCCGGCAAGAUUGCAGAGGAGCCGGCGAGCCUCUCUGCCCUCCAGUUUUCCUCACCAUGUCCAAGAUGCCGGCCAAGAAGAAGAGCUGCUUCCAGAUCACUAGUGUCACCACGGCCCAGGUGGCCACUAGCAUCACUGAGGACACUGAGAGCCUGGACGACCCGGACGAGUCACGUACAGAGGACGUCUCCUCCGAGAUAUUCGACGUUUCUCGGGCUACGGAUUAUGGCCCUGAGGAGGUCUGCGAGCGCAGCUCCUCGGAAGAGACGCUCAACAAUGUUGGGGAUGCGGAGACUCCCGGGACCGUCUCCCCAAACCUCCUUCUGGACGGGCAGCUGGCGGCAGCGGCGGCUGCUCCCGCCAACGGAGGAGGAGCCGUUUCGGCCCGGAGCGUGGCUGGGGCGCUGGCCAGUACCCUGGUGGCGACCGCCACCUCGGCCCCCUCCUCCGGGGCACCUGGUGCCCCGCCGGUCGCGGGCUCGUCUGCCGGGCCAGGGACCGCAGCCGCAUCACAGCCCCCCACCACUUGUAGUUCCCGUUUUCGUGUGAUCAAGCUGGACCACGGGAGCGGGGAGCCCUACCGCCGCGGCCGAUGGACGUGUAUGGAAUACUAUGAGCGGGAUUCAGACAGCAGCGUCCUGACCAGGUCCGGGGAUUGCAUUAGGCACAGCAAUACUUUCGACCAGACUGCGGAACGGGAUAGCGGCCUGGGCGCCACCGGAGGGUCGGUGGUGGUGGUGGUGGCCUCCAUGCAGGGGGCGCAUGGGCCCGACUCGGGAACUGACAGUUCCUUGACUGCUGUGUCACAGCUACCCCCGUCGGAGAAAAUGAGCCAGCUCGCCCCGGCCCAGCCGCAGAGUUUUGGCGUUGGGCAGCCACAGCCACAGCCACCGCCGCCCGUAGGUGGGGCUGUGGUUCAAAGCGCGGCUCCAGUGCCGCCGUUCCCGGGAGCCGCGGCCGGGCCGCAACAAAUGAUGGCAGCCCCGCAGCCGAGCCAGCCCCAGGGAACGGGCCCCGGCGUCCUCCCGCAGGGGCCCAACGGACAGGGGUUGCCGCUGACGAAUGUAACCCUGACGCAGCCCGGCGUGGCCCUGCCGCAGCAGCCGGGCCCAGCCGUCAGCGCUCCUGCGACGCAGCAGCCCCAGCCGUUCGCGUACCCCCAGCCUCAGCUACCGCCCGGACACUUGCUUCCAGUCCAGCCCGCGGGUCAGAGUGAGUACCUACCGCAGCACGUGGCCGGCCUGCAGCCACCUAGCCCCGCGCAGCCCUCCUCCACCGGCGCCGGAGCGAGCCUUGCCACGGCUGCCAGCCUUCCAGUGGGCACGGGCCAGAAUGCCGCCUCGGUGGGGGCGCAGAUAAUGGGCGUGUCUUCCUUGCCCAGUGAAGCUGUGGCCCCGGGGCCGGGACCCGCGCCAGGCGGACAGGCCGCGCCUGGUCAGCCGGCCGGAGUGCCCUUGGCUGCUGUGGGAUGCGCCGUGCCGCCGGGCCUGGUUCCCCCUGGGACCGGGCAGCCCCAGUCCGUGCCUCCGCCGCAGAUGGGUGGCAGUGGUGCGCCGUCAGCCGUGCCUGGCGGCCCCCACGCCGUGCUGCCCGGAGUUCCAAACGUGCCUGCAGCCGUGCCCGCUCCAAGCGUGCCUAGUGUGUCUACCACCUCUGUUACUAUGCCAAAUGUACCCGCGCCUCUGGUCCAGCCGCAGCAGCUGAGCAGCCAUACGCCAGUCAGCAGGAGCAGCAGCAUAAUCCAUCAUGUUGGGCUGCCCUUAGCGCAAGGCACACCCAGUGCACCAACAAGUCUACCACAGUCUGACCUAAGCCAGUUUCAGACUCAGACCCAACCUUCAGUCGGGCAAGUUGACGAUACUAGAAGAAAAUCAGAACCCCUACCUCAACCACCACUUUCUCUCAUUGCUGAAAAUAAGCCUGUUGUGAAGCCUCCUGUUGCAGAUGCCCUGGCAAACCCCCUUCAGUUAACACCUAUGAACAGUCUGGCCACCUCUGUAUUCAGCAUAGCUAUUCCUGUUGAUGGUGAUGAAGACAGGAAUCCUUCAACUGCUUUCUACCAAGCGUUCCAUUUGAACACGUUUCAGGAAUCAAAGAACCUCUGGGAUAGUGCAUCUGGGGGAGGUGGUGUAGCCAUUGACAACAAAAUAGAACAAGCAAUGGAUCUGGUGAAAAGCCAUUUGAUGUAUGCAGUAAGAGAAGAAGUGGAAGUUCUAAAGGAACAAAUAAAAGAAUUAGUUGAAAGAAACUCUUUACUUGAACGAGAAAAUGCACUGUUAAAAUCUCUUUCCAACAAUGAUCAAUUAUCCCAGCUCCCAGCCCAACAGGCCAAUCCUGGUAGCACUUCUCAACAGCAAGCAGUGAUAGCACAGCCUCCGCAGCCAGCGCAACCUCCACAGCAGCCGAAUGUCUCCUCAGCAUAAAGCUUUCUUGCCUCAUUAAGAAAAAAACUGAAAGCAAUCUAUCCUUGUGUGCCACUGGUAUUCUUUCCACUUUAUACGAAAGCAAGUAGCCAUGCUUCGGUUGUGUGUUUGGCCUUUUCAGUAUUAGACAAUCAUUCUACAGGAGCUUUUCCUCCCUUUGAGAUGUCAUGCAGCGCUGUUGGUGUCCCGUUUUAUGUCAUCAGUACACGAGGAGUAUAAUAGAUGGGGUUUAUUAAAGCAAGCAAAGUCUGCAUUUUACCUGGUGCGCAUGAGUGGGGUCUUUUAAGAGCUUUGGUGGCUCUCUCGUUUUUCCUGUCAUCCAUGGAUUUACCCUGAGCCUUCCUAUCACAUUCUAAAUAACAGUUCAUCUAAAGAGCCACUUUUCUUUCAAUACCAGUAACAUUUGCCUACGUAAGUUUUCAUUUAUUUGUGUUUUAUUUAUUACAGGGCUGCUAUUUUCAUAAUGUACAUGAACAAUGUCACAGAACUUUUUUAAUUUUUUUUUGAAUAAUUAUAAGUGUCAGUAAAGGAUUUGAAAGACAGGAUUGCAUUUAAUAGAUAAAACGUUUAGGCAAUAAUUGAACAAAAGAAUCCUGGCAUAUUUCUAACACUAAUGGCAAUUUACCUUCGGUAUUUAUUUUCAGUAGUAAAGACCCAGCUUGAAUGUAAAUUUUGUAUAGUGUAAGUAUGAAGAACAUAGUGCAACUGUACAGGUAGUCACCAGUUAUUGUGAUAUAAUAAAUAAUUGGGCUAUUUUGAUGAAGAAAACUUUGUUCAUUUGUUUCUACUUUCUAAUAGAGAAAUUGCCACGAUUCCUCUGCUUUUUGACAUUUCGUAUGACUUUCUUUUUUCGGGUGGGAAUAAAAAGCUGUGAAAUUGUUCAACCUACUUUGUAACCAAAGAAGCAAAGCUGUGUAAUGGAGUUUUUUUUAUAAUGCACAUUCUUUAUGUAUUUUUAUUUAGUGUUCUCUCGGUCACAAUUUUCUUUGCUGUCUAGCAUGAUCUGCAUGACCUAUAAUCUUUGAACCACUUUCGUACCUCAUGUUUUUAUCCAGCACUCUUAUUGUAAUAUGUACUAGUCUGUGAACAAUGUCAAAUAAAAAAGAACGAACAGGUAGUAUGGUGGAGCUGAGCUAGUGUACUAUACACUAGUUGUUAAAAAAAAAAAAAAAAUGAAGUGAGCCAUCUUUUGUUCAUUUAAAAUGGUGUUUUGAAUUUCGUAUGCAGAAAACGUUUUGUUACAUUGCAGAUUUUAAUGUAUUUAAUAAAUGCAACAUGCAGAUUAAGUGCAGUGUAUACUGAGUAUUUAAAUUAAAAUGUACAUUUCAUAAAUACAGUUUCAAGAGAAAGCAUCAUUUUGUGUAUACUAACACAUUAAGUGUAUGUCAGAAAUUGAUGUAUAAAUAUAUAUUUUAACACAUUUUCUGAAAUUAAACUGCAGUUUUGUUGAAAUAUUUGGCUCUAUAUGUGUUCAAAAUUUAAUUUGACUAUAUUUGUAUUUUCACAGUUCAAGAUAUUCCUUAAAUGAAAACCUGUGUUAUUAAUGACUUAAUGAUAGUUCUUAAAUUUUCAAAGUAAAAUAAUUUAAAGAAUGCAAGAAUGGUGAGCAAUAUUUGUACUCAAGAUUCAUAUUAUGUCAGUGACAUUUAAGUAAAAUCCUUGUCUACCAAAACUUGUACUUGAAUUCAGAAAGGUGCCUGUAGAAAAUUAACAUGCUUUGUGUCUAUAGCCAGCUAGUUAAUCAGGAGUUAACAAGAACAAAUAGUUAGCUCUCCAUGUUGUGAAAAGAGGAUAAGUAAGUGUUCUUUACUAUUUAAAAUCAAAACUUCAUUAGAUUUAGCCUAAAUGCAUAAAUUGGGGUGUAUGUGGGAUCACUAAAUAUUUUAUAUUGCAGUUGUUCUGGAAGAUACAUUGAAUAGAAACAAAAUUUUAAUAACACUAGAAGUAACUAAGGAACUAAUGACAUACGAUUGAAGCAGCAGUCCUAUAGAUAUGGAGUGAGAUUCUAAGUAGAGUUACCCACAGAUAAAUUAGGAAAUGAAAUUUCCAUGUUGGAAAUGUUAACCAGAAGGCUCACCAGGUAUGCCGCUUAAAUGUAAACAGUGUAAUAUUUAAUACAGGCAAAGAAAAAUUAGUAUUAGGAAAGGUUGGGAUUUUUGUGAAAAUAUAAAUUUUGGUUAUUGGGAUAGAAAAACACUUUAUAAAGUAAUCACGAAAUGAUUGAUAAUGUUAAUUUUAAAUGGUAAUUAAGAACAAUUUUUACUACGUUUUAAAAAGACCACCACGACAGAAAAUAUGGGUAGUUCACAGAAGAAAUAAAUGGCAGUUUCUCAAGUUUCAGCCUCUAGUAACCUUAGAAAUGCAAAUUAAUAGUUAACAAAUUAUCAUUUGUCUUUUAAAUAGCAGAACCUAAUGUAGAAAAGAAAGGCAAGCUUUCUUGCAUAGUUCUAGAAAGUAAUUUGGCAAUAUGUAUCAAGAGCCUUAAAUAUUAAUAAACUUUUCAGUUUAAUAGAAGAAGAUAACUCAUGGUGCAGUGUUCAAAAAAUACAAAAUUACCAUAGAGCUUGUACUUUGCUCUCCCAUCUCCCCCACUUCCCUGUGGAUCUCCCUUCCCAGUAUCUACCCCUGAAAACAGCUGUGAAAGGAAGUCUUCACGUCCAAACCUACUCUGAUGAGGCAUGCCCUCACCCCAAAGUCAGGGACAGACUUACAGGUCCAAAAGCUUAAAGUUCUUCAGAAUCAGAUACACUUUUGGGAACAACAUCAGACAUUCCCCCAAGUGGUUAGUUUGCUUAGAAAUAAGUAAAUUUAAGUGUGACCUCAGGAGAUUUAAGGUCUCUUGCUCCACAUAAUUGGAAUAUCUAUUGAGCUACCAAUUUGGGGGCUCCAUCUAAUAGAAAUGCCAUCUAUAAUUCUCUCAGUGUAAUGCCCAUAGACCAAGGUUCCGUGUAAAUUUUCUGUUGGGUUUACUCUAGCCAACCAGAAAAUCAUAGGUGAAAAUUUUUGGUUUUGGUAAUGGCAAUGUGUCUGCAAUACAUACCUAAUUUUCCCUAAAGAAAAUGAGAUUUUACGGCUUGCUAUAUCCCCUCCCCCCAAAAAAGGGUUAUGAGAUAUUAAGUAUGCAGUUACUUGCUGUAUGUUCAAAAUAACUGAAUAUUUCCAAUUCUGUUAUACUAUGAGUUAAGUAGAAGUAUUAAAACAGACUGCUUUACCAUCAAGUCCCCAGAGAGGGGUAAUCAUAACUGCUUUUAUUCACAAAGAAUUGUCACAGGUAAGAGAUUGUGAUGUCUCUCCAAGUUAUAAACUCUAUAGCCACUCCUAGACCUUUUUAAAAAGAGCGAGGGGAAGUCCUUAGAAUUAGAGUAACAAAAAUACCCGUUCUUCAUGGGAACUUACCUCUGUAGAACCAGAAAUAACUUACUAGUUGAUUUGGGGGGAAUAAAUUUUCAAGACGAUCUGAAAUCACGAGUUUUUUUUUUAAGGGAGGUUCAGUGGUAGGCACUUUGUGACAUGACUCAAUUCUCUUAAGUAAUUUUGUUAAAAGGACAACCCCCAGCUCUAAAUAUUCAGUUUGAGUGCAUAGAUAAACCAACAUAUACAGUGCAAUAAUAAAAACAGUCAAGGAUGGUUUUGUUAAGAAGAUACCCUCAAAAAGAUGACACCUGGUAAGAAAAAGUGCUCAAAAGCUUAGAGGAGAGCAUUAACUAAGCUCUUUGGAUAGCCACAGAAUUGUUUCCUAGGAGACAAACAAGCAGACUGACUCAUCCACCUUAGUAGGUUGGCAUCUAGAGCAAAAAUAAUUUAUCGAGUAAUUUUAGGCAGUGGGAUUGUGAUCAGAAAAAUGUUUUAGAAAAAUUAAUCGUUCUAGUUAUCAAUGAUGGACAAUAGAUGGGUGAGCUGAAACUGGAAGUGGAGAAGUAAUUUAGGAGAGACAAUAAUCCAGAAAUGAUGAACAGGCAGAAUUACAAAAUGAUAAAUAGGCAGAUUAGUGAUGCUCAUUAGGAAGUUUGUUUUGGAUCUUUCUGUACCAUUCCCAACGUCAGGUGCCUAUAUUUCUCCUUCCAAAGAAAGAUCUGAAACCCCAAGUCUUAACAGUGUUUAAGUCAAAACUUUUCCUUCCAACAGCCAUAUACCUCUAUGAAAUGAAAGUCUUUGUUUAAUUAAUUAAUUUCACAAAUUCAGCAAAAGGGUAAGAGAAUCAGAGGAACCCUGGCUAUCACAUUUACGCCUCUAUAAAUUCAGCCCUAUAGGUAAACCAAAUUUUUUCCUUUUAUGGUGACUAGGAUUAGAGGAGCCCAGAAGCAUGAGUCCAAAGCCUGUCUUUCAGGGCUAUCCCUCCCCAGAAAAGACAACAGGGGUUCUGGCUCCAUUGCAGAUACCGAAACCCACGUCAAAAUGGUUUUGGUGGCUUCAACUUUUUCUUCAUUCUUUGACACAGUUCAAUUCAGAAAGGAGGUUUCUUUCUUCCCUGUAAGUCUGCAGCCUAAGCAAAACUGAACCUUUUCUCCUACCUCCUCCUGCCUCAACCUAGUAACUCAUGUUUCUGUUUUCUAGCAAUACUAAUGAUUUAUUGUUUAGUGACAUAUAUUUGCUCCCUAUUUUCCCCUUUUCAACGUUCUAGGAAUCGUCCUUGUUACGUGUAUAUCUAUAUCAAGUCACAGAAUUUCUAUAGCAAGAUCUGUUCUUUGAAUGUAUGUACUCCUUUUUCAGUGAAGAAUAUUACUGUACAAGUGCUAUUUAUGAUUUCCUUAGUGGGCUGCAAUCGGUAUAAUAUGCUAUGUUUACAGAUGAAAUAUGCUAAGUGAGGCACUAUACAAAACAAGUUAAAGGUCACAGACAUCUUUAAAAAAACAAUCAUCAUAAAUAAAAGUACAAUAGUCUUUCAGGAUUGGUAAUAGUAAAGUAUGAAGUUGGUAUUUUGCACUAACACGGUCUACUUGGUCAUAAAAUUUGUUUAACAUACUUAGUGAGUUAGCUUUAUUUUUUCUUCUAACCAGGAAGAUUGGUAGAUUAGGUGAUUUUGAGAAUUUUCCCAUGGUCUGAUGUCAUGGAUUGAGCUUUAAAACAGAGCAUCUAAAUCUAUGGACCAAGACUGCCAACAGAAGCUAAAGUUACCCCUUUGAAAGAGGGAAGGAAAAGGUGCGCUAACUCAGAUCAUAAAAAUAACUGAAUUUUAAAACAAGGCAAAUGCCACACUUCUCCUUUCCCCCCAAAAAAGUUUUUACCUUUUCAUCUUUCUAUAUAACUAAAGUAUUCUUGCCCACUGCAAUUCGACUGUUUUCCAGAUUACAGUUCUUACCAUCAUUUCACAGGCAAGCAACGCAUCUAUAGAUAGAUAAUAUCUGAGGAGGUCCCUGGACAGCAAGAGAAUAUUUUUCCCACACUUGGCAUGAGAUAAUACCACGUCAGUGUCUUAUUCUAGUCUUUCUACUAAAAUAUAUAAUAUCCAAUUUAAUCAGGUGUCUGAUGAACAGGAAAAAAUAAAUAUGUGUAACUUUGUAAAUCCCAUAAAGGUUUUGUUUUGGAGAAGUUUGGGUUUUUUUUUUUUAUUUUAUAGAAGCAUUGUUGAAUGCACUUCAAAUCUAUUUCAAUUCAGGUGCCGCACCCUGUACUAGAUGUUUGGGGAUAGAAAGAUAAAAUUGAACAUGAUUUGUGCACUCCAGAGCUAUCAUCCAAUGUAAACGUAAAAACUCAAGUGCCGUUGUUUAUUCGAAGUGUAUGUCAUAGUUUGUGGACCCCCAUAUAAUCUGUUGAAUGGAAGGUUCAUGUACAUCAACAGUAAUAUUGCCAUGCCACAUAAAACCGUUUGACAUUGCCAGGAAACAACCUUAAAUCACCAAAAAGCUUUUACAUCAAACAAUACUUUCAGAAAGAGGGGACGUGGUGAAAAGCUUCCUAUCUCUACAUCGAGGCUGUGGGUUGUCCCCUAAAAGAGAGAAGUUUACAUAUUUUUUAAUACUCUAAGUUUGUAGAUAAUGAAACUGAUUUAAAUCAAACUUAACUAGAAUAGAAUUUGUGUGUCAUGAGUUAUAUUAUCUAUUGUCUCAUAAGCAACACACUCAGUAUCUUGGCUGACAAAACCAGCCACCAUUCGAUGAACCAAGUUAAGAAUAACUCAGGUGUCUGAUGCCAAAAAAUAAAUCUGAUAGAGCUGAGAAUCCAGAAAAAACUAUGUAUUGAGUAAAGGAUAAAAGUAACAAUUCGAAUCAGUAGGGGAAGAAUGGAUUAUUAACAAAUAGUAUUGGGACAACAUAACCGUUCGGGGGAAAAAACUAGAUCUGUAGUUAACAAAAAUUAAUUCCAGCUAGACAAGCAGUAAGUCUUGCUUUUUGGUUACAUAUCCCUUAUAGAAAUCUCCCUGUGAAAAUGCAGAUAAACAAAACGUUUUACAAGAUUAUGAAGAGAUGCCCAACCUCAGCGUAAUAAAGGGAAUGCACAUUAAAAAAUAAGAAACUAUUGCAAAUCCAAUUGGCAAAUACUUUAUAUGUAAAUCACAAGCCUGCAAGGGUGUGGAAAAACAGGAAACCUACAUUGCUAGUAAAUGUAUAAAUUGGCACAGCUACCUUUAAAGGCAGUCAAAUGAUACCCAUUAAAGUUUAAAAUUCAUAUGCCCUGUCACCCAGCAUUUCCAAUUUUUAAUGAAACACACUUUUCAUACUUGUGUUCUCAGGAUGGCUUGUACAAUUGUAUCUUUGUCAUAGAAUAAAAUUGGAAAAAACAAAAUACCCAUCAAGAGGUUGGAACACUAUACAACACUGGGCAUCAAUGAAAAAGAAUAAGAUUCAUAUACAUACUGACAUGUAUCUCUAAGAUACAAUUUUUUUUGAAAGUUUGGAGGAAAAUGAAGGCUAAUACAUGCAAUACAUGUGAUACCAUUGUUUUUAAGACACAUAUAUAUACACACACACAAUACUGUAUAGUGUACUUCUUAAGUACCAAUUUGUAUAAUAUAAAAAUGUACAGAGAAAGUCUGGAAGGAUACUAACCAAACUGUUAACAGUAGUUUGGUGGAGUGCGUUAGCUUUAACUGUAAUAUUCGAUGUUUUGAGUAUGCAUUCAUGUAUUGUUUGUGUAAUGACAAAUUAAUAAAUUAGAAA